AUGAAUGGUUUGGAGGAUUUAGACGGAGGAUCUGCUUGGUUUUUCUUUUCCCCAUUGAUUUAUUUGCCACUGUUGUAAGAUGCUCUGAUUUGGGGCCAGUUUUCCUUGUAGGACUUAAAAAGAUGUGGAAUGAAAGCUGAAGCAAAGGAUUUCUUUUUUAAAAAUCACAAAUUUCCUCAACUGAUCCCUCACUGUAGUGGGAGAUAAGUGGUAUCCUGGAGGUUAUACCAAGUUGUGAUUGUGAGUUUUAAAGGCUGCUACUAAGAUGGAAAAAUUUGAAAUAUUGUUCCAGAAAGGGACUUCUUAAUUGUGAUCAUCAUAGCUAAAAUUGUAAAGUGCUUUAAGUGCAUAUUAAGUGCAAUAUGAUACAAAUUAAAUAUGUGCAGUUCUUUUAAACAUAUUUCCCUAUUUGUCAUAUUGUGUAAGAAAAAUCUGACCAAAAGGGAAAAAGGAUACUCUCCCCAUGAUACAAAUCAUAGCCCCUCCAGAUCUAGAAAUGCUUUAUUAUGUCUCUUCCUGCACUUAGCAUUCAGCUAAACUUCUGGACUUUGUAUCUUGAACUCUGCUAGCAGCAGAAACAGGACCCAAAGUCAUUUCCCCAAAGUGAUAAGAUCACAGGAUCAUAGUAUUUAGAAACUGAAGAGAUAAUCUAAUCUACUUUUAUUAUUUAUUAGUGAUGAAACAGACCCAGAGAUAUUUUAUGACAUACCUAAGAUGAUUAACCUUUCAAUUUUUUUUUUUAAACUUGUAAUUUUUACAGACACCGUGGCCACAUAGCCAAUGGAAAGGACAACAAAGUGUACCUUAGUAGGAUAUGUGCUGCUCAGCUUGUAUCUGAAGAAGAUACAGAUAUGAAUAAUACAGUGAGGAAGAAAGAUGCUGGAAACACAGCAUCCUUGAAUGAAGAAAUGGCCACAUCCUCAAGUCCUCAAAUUACGCCUCUGUGUGAACCAGAUAAGGUCCCAAGUAUGGAGGAUACUAGGGAUCAGGAAACAAGAAGACGAAAAGACACAUUAAAUCCUGCAGUCUCUCAUCAGAACUUGAGAUGGUUUCAGCGCCCUGAAGUAGCUUCACCUCAGGAGGAGGAACUGAGCCAAAUCCGGGAGCUUUGCAUGCAGUGGAUGGAUCCCGAGACUCAUGGCAAAGAGGAUGUUUUAGAUAUGUUGGUGCUGGAUCAAUAUGUGAUUGUCCUCCCCAGAGAGAUCAUGACUUGGGUGAAGUCACAGCCUUCAGAGAACAGUGAGGAAGUGGAAAUCCUCUUGGAAGAUUUGAGCCAGAUGUUUGAGGAUAACGUUCUAUCUUCUCAGGAUUCUGCUGUUUCCCAGGAUCAGAGCUCUGCAGAAAAGGGAGCAGCUUCUGUGCCUCUGCCAGAUGAAUCCCAGGACUCUGUGACAUUUAAGGAUGUGGCUAUAAUGUUCAGUCGAAAGGAAUGGUGGCAUUUGCAGCCAGCCCAAAUGGAGCUGUACAGGGAUGUGAUGAUAGAGAACUACAAUAACAUGAUCUCUGUGGGGCUUCUUACUUCUAAGCCAGAGCUGAUAUCCCAGUUGGAGAGAGGGGAAGCUCCAUGGAUGCGGAGCAGAAUUGUCUCCAGAGGUUCUGGUGCAGGUUCUGAGACCAGGUUUGUUACAAAAGAAUCAGCUCCAAGACAGGGCAUUUAUUUGAAAGAUUCGUCUCAGGGAAUGUUCUUGAGAGAUGGUCCCUGUGCCUCUACUUUAGGAAGAGCCUUGAAAUGUGAGGAGGACAGUUUGGAAAAGCAACAAGACAACCAAGAAAGACAAUCUGGUCAAGUAACAGUAGAACAGGAGAAAACUUCGAAAGUGAGAAGACCUAGAUGUAAUAUAUUUAGGAAAUACUUCAGGCCAGGGUCAGGCCUUGUUACAAAAAAGAAAGUUCCUACAGGAACAAAUCUCCAUAAAUAUGUUAAACAUAAAAUGAGCCUCAAACAGUAUUUAGAUCUCGUUAAAAGUAAAAUGACAACUCCAGAGAAGAAACCUAAUUUUAAGGUAAGGCCCAAAACCCGAAGUUAUUACUCAAACCUUUUUAAGUCUCGUAGAAUACCUCCUGGGGAAAAAGGUUAUAAGUGUAAAGCAUGCGGGAAAACUUUCAUCUACAAUUCAUCUCUUACUCGACAUCUGAGAAUCCAUACUGGGGAGAAACCCUACAAAUGUUAUGAAUGUAAGAAGAGCUUUAGGCGACGCUCAUUUUUUAAUCUACAUAAGAGAGUUCAUACUGGAGAGAAACCUUUUAAGUGUAAUGAAUGUAAUAAAGCUUUCAUCCGGGACUCAUCCCUUUUUAAGCAUCAAAUAAUUCAUACUGGAAAGAAACCUUUCAAAUGUAAUGAAUGUAAGAAAGCCUUUACCCAGAGGGGGCUACUUACUGAACAUCAGAGGAUUCAUACUGGAGAGAAACCCUUUAAAUGUGAUGUGUGUAAGAAAGACUUCAGCCACAAAUCAUCCCUUAUUCAACAUCAGAGAAUUCAUACUGGAGAAAGAACCUUCAAGUGUAAUAUAUGUGAAAAGGCUUUCAACCAGAGCACCCGCCUAACUGAACAUAAAAGAAUUCAUACUGGAGAGAAACCAUAUAAGUGUAAUAAAUGUGAGAAGGCCUUCACUCAAAGAACACAUCUCAAUGAGCAUCAGAGAGUUCAUACUGGAGAGAAGCCCUAUAAAUGUAGUCAUUGUGAGAAAGCUUUCAGCAACAGCUCAUCCCUUACUCAACAUCUUCGAAUUCAUACUGGAGAGAAACCAUAUAAAUGUAAUCAAUGUGAGAAGGCCUUCAGUCAGAACUCAUCCCUUAUCAUACACCUGAGAUUCCACAGUGGAGAGACACCUUUUAAAUGUAAGGACUGUGGGAAGGCCUUCAGCCGUAACUCAUCCCUUACAAGGCAUCAGAAAACUCAUAGUGGAGAGAAACCUUUCAAGUGUAAUGAAUGUGGGAAAGCCUUUGGUCGGAAUUCAUCCCUUACCGACCAUCAGAAAAUUCAUACUGGAAAGAAACCUUAUAAGUGUAAUGACUGUGGAAUAUCCUUCAAUCAGAAUACUCGCCUUAUUGAACAUCAGAGAAUACAUACUGGAGAGAAACCCCACAAAUGUGAUCUGUGUAAGAAAGCCUUCAGAAGUAGUUCAGCUGUUCUCAGGCAUCAGAGAAUUCAUAGUGGAGAAUAACUGGGAGUAGGAUCAUACAUGGGGAAGUUUCCGUCAUUCUUGUCACUGAUUACAUACCACAGUCAUACAAUCACAAUCCGCCACUUGGGAUUUUUAAAGAGAGAUUUCCCUCUUCCUUAUAGUACACUGCUUUCAAGCGACAGAUUUGCGUGAGCUGAAGCAGGAAGGAGCAUUGUUACAAGAUCUUUAGUAGUAGAAGUACCAAGCCUUCUAGAGUAACAAAAAGAGGAAUCUUUAUUAAGUUUCCAACUAGUAUUAGAACAAGUGGGUAGUAUCUGUGAGUAAAGGGAUAAAAAAAAGUCCUGCUAAAGUAAUUGAAUAUUUUAAAAAAUACCCCUGUGACUUUUGCUGAGUGUAAACUAGUUGUGAAAUAUCUUCAGCUUCUUGUACAUUUCACCCUGAAAGAAGUUCCUAGUGGUAGGUGGACUAGUGAAGUGUGGGGCCUGGCAUUAGAUCUAAAAGAUGGAGGGGAUGAAGCAGGACCCCAAAGUUUAGGAGUAAGAAAGAUAGAAAGUUGUUUUGCAGCUAAAAAAAUUCAUUUCUUUUUCCUCAAGACAGUUGUGGGAGUUAUGAUAGAUAUAUUCUUUGGUUUCUUGUCAAUCUCUUCACUGUACCCUAGGGUUCCAUGCAAUGCCCUAUGCUGCCUUCUCACCAUCCAAAGUCCUUCACUGUAUUCCCCACUCAUCCCUAUCUUCCACAACAUAUAACAUUCUAGAAUUACAACUUUCCUGCCUCUUCUCAUUAGGAUUUCUGUUUCUUCAGUGCAUCUUAAUAUGGAAAGUCAGUUUGCACUCCAUUCCCAAGAUUUAGCUUCCAGUCUGUUCCUUGGAGGUUGAACUAUGACUUACUGGGGGAUGUUGCCUUCCUUGGCCCACAGAUUCCAGCCAUAUCUGAUUCCAGCCUUUCCAAAGCAAAGAUCUUUGGAAUAGGAUCAGAGGAGAUGAGCUGAAAGCAGUUUGGAUUUUGGGCCAUGUGGGGAAAUAGGUGAAGUUUCCCCAAGUCCCUCUCUUUUUUUGUUCCUGUCCUUGUCUUCUCUCAAUCCUCUUUUGCUUAAUCUUGAAUCAGGUAUUAGUAACUAAAGCAACAAUUUUUGGCAACAUUAUGGUAUCAUACAUCUAGAGUGGGAGGACCUUAGAGAAUGUCUAAUUCAACUAGUUCAUCUUAUUGGUGAUAGAACAAGGUUAUGCAGGUGAUAAGUAUCAGAGUCAGGAUUCAGUUACAGGCCCUGUGACUUCAAAUCUAAUGUUCUUUUCACUGCAUCUCCAUUGAGCAGAGAAUUCUCAGCAUCACCAGGCUCGUUGAAAACAUGAUUGCCAUGAGACCAGAAACGGACACAAUCUUUGUCUUUCUCCCUUAGCUAUGGUCUCUUUCCAAGAGUGUUUGCUUUACUUUAGUUCCUAUAUUUAACCCUGUUUUCAAGUUUGUAAUUAAGUCCUCCUCCUCCUCCAUCAUGACAUCAUCAUGAUACCAGUAUUUUCCAGUUUACAAAGUACUUUCCGAUAACAACCUGUUUAGCUGUCCUCUUUUAGGGGCCAGUUAUUCUUUCCUUUCAAACUCAGUCCCACUCAGGUAUUGGCUAAUGACUCAGGUGUGAGCUGAUGAGUAGUUAAAUGGUAACUCCCUCACUUAUAACGAGACAAUGGGAUUAUGGUUGGCAACUAUUUCCCAUGGUUUUAUUCCCACCUCUUUAUCAUACCCUGGGGAUGGCUUUGGUAACAACAAAUUGCCUCACCCUGUAAAAACAAAGUUCUGUUGCUUUUCUUUGAAACUCAGCUCCCUAGAUCAAGUUGAUUUCAGACUCUUAAACAGUGUUUUUUGUUUCUCUAGAUUUUAAAUUGUCUCUGUCUCCCUUACUCUUAGUAUUUUGCAAAAACUAGUUAUUAGGGUGAUUUGGAUAUCAUUUUCCAACUGAUUCCAAAUUUACCUUCAUAGCUAACGUGUUCUUAUUUCUUAAUGUUCUUCCCUCUACAUCUUAGAUUACUUCAUAAUCUUAAACUACAUGAGAGGUACAGUCUCCAAAGUGAGUAAGGUUAUAGUCUUAUUAACUUCUGCUGUGAGUGGAAACUCUCUCAAUUUCUAUAUUCAGUUUAGGAUAUCAGUUUUAGGAACAAUUUUGGCAUAUUGGAGCACAUGGAGAAGAAGGUGGAUGUGGUGUUGUGGAUGUUGAAGGUAACACAGAUUGUGCCAUGUGAAGAACUAUUGAAGGAAAUGAAGUAUUUAGCUUAGUUAAGAUUGUCAAGUUAUUUGACUUGUCAAGUAUUUGAAUCAGAAAGUGAUUCAGUUUUUUCUCCUCGGUCUAAGAAAACAAGAUUAAGAGCAACUCUUGAGAUUCUCUAAAGUUGUAAUUUUCUCUAACCCUUAAAGCUAAUUUUGUAAAGGUGUGAGCAAAAAAAAAAAAAAAAUCAGCUGUAGAAGAAAAAUGGUUUUGAGUUUUCAACUUGGAAAAUUUCCACUAAUGACCAAAGGAGAUUUUCUCUACCAAAUGGAGGUAGAUAGGUCUUGCCUAGAGAAGGUAGACUGUUGGAGGUCAGAUUUUUGGUGCCUUAUUUUUCUCAUAGCCCUAAGUGUAGGGCCGUGCCUAUGUUGGCCUCUCCCAAAGAUUUAUUGAUUCAUUGAUUAUAAUCAAAAGAUUCUAGUCAUUUAAAUCCCUUUGAAACCCUUUUGUAAGGAGCCCUUAGGAAUGUAAUCAAUCAAAAUGUAACUGCCAAUUCAAACUUUUUCUUUUAAUUCUUUAAAAAGAUGGUUUUAAUUAGAUAGAGCAAGUCUUAGCCAUCAAUCAGUGGGUCCUUUUGGUCCCAAUCAGUGGGGACUUGAAGUUCAGGUGUCAGGGAGCAGGGGAAUAUCUCCAGAAUGAACUGUCUAUUGGAAAGGAAUUUUUUCAUCAUCUUUUACCCAAUGCAAGGAAAUCUAUCAAGAUUGAUUCAACUGAAGCAAUAUGAGUCUUUACUUUCUUUGUUCCCCUUGCUUCCCACAUUUUACUUUUGGAUACCUCUUCCUGAGGAUGUAAGUCUUCUUAGAGUCUUUCACUAAAGACUAGACAGCCCAAGCAGUCUUGGUGGGCUUGAUCCUUUAAGACUUAAACAUUGCCCAAGAUGAGGCUGCCAGAACUAGGGUUGGGCAGGUAGGCGUUGAGACAUGUAUUCAGCAGUCCCAUUCUCUUAUCUCUUGGCCAACUAUUCCUGGCCUUGAUUCUGUGACUCGCCUUUAAUAUUGCUUAUUGCACAUAGAAGGCAGAACAAUGAGCUGUGAGAAGAAGACAGAUUCAAGCUUAAGGAAGAACUUCCAACAAUGACAACUAUAGAAUGUAGAAUGUAAAUUCCUCUUCACAAGGGAUGUUCACAAAGAAUUGAGAUGCUUACGUGUUGGAGACAUUGUAGAAGCCAUCCCCUUUGGAGUUUAUGAAUUAGACUAAAGUCCUUCAAAGUCCUUUACAGCCCUGAGAAUGUGAUUCUUCGGUUCAUGCGAUUGGACCUUCCCUGGAUCAACCGAUUCAAGUACCCACCCAUGUCUAGACUGGCCCCAUUCUUCAAGAGCCUUUGACAGACUCCCAGUCAUGCUGUAAUAAGCUCCUUUUGUAAGCUGAGAUUCUGGUUAAUCACUCCUUAAUUAAUUAGAGUUCUAACUCAGAAUUUCACUAUGAUAUCUCCCAAAACAGAAGCUCUCUGUGUUCUGUGCAUUGUUGGCUUUGCUGUGAUAGUGGUUAGUUUUUGUGCUUAGCAGCAAACUUGUACCUCAAGAUUUUUAUUGGAGCAUUUGGUAUAACUUCCAUUGGCUUAUUGUAUAGUCAAACAAAGCUGUUGUAUCUUCUGAGCUUGUUCUGCUUUUCUAAAUGGAGUCAUACCUUUCUCCCUUUCAAAUAUUGGGAGGAUUUGGUAUGACUUCCAUUGACUUAUUGUAUAAUCAAGAGAAGCUGUUGUAUCUAAUGAGCUUGUUCUGCUUUUCUAAAUGGAGUCAUACCUUUUUCCCUUUCAAAUAUUGGGAGGAUUUGGUAUGACUUUCAUUGGCUUAUUGUAUAAUCAGGAAAAGCUGUUGUAUCUUCUGAACUUGUUCUGCUUUUUUAAAUGGAGUUAUACCUUUUUCCCUUUCAAAUAUUGUUGCAUGGGAAAGCCAAUUCUGCUUAACUCAGACCAGUAAGGAAAAAAUGGGAAAGAAGGUAGUGUGGUCCCCUGCUACUGCCCCACUGGUCAAAUACCACAGAGUUAUGCAGAGUCUCACACUUGGUACUAGUAAUGUUUUUUGUUUUUUCUUCAAAUACUCUUGCACAGGAAGGGUAUUCUGGCAGAAUGGAAAAGAGCUGGGUUUGGAGGCAUAGGAAUCAGGUUGAAGAUUUUGAGCAUCAUCCUUUUUCUUAGCCUCAUCUGCCACCUGUGAAAUGAGCAGCAAGAUAAGAUAACUUCUGAGUUCCCUUCCAAUAUAAAAUCUCUGAACUUGGAAGCUACUAAAGUUGGGUUUCCUCCCAUUCUAGAGUCACUGGGACGUAGUCCAGGUGGCCUUGGACUUGGUGCCAGAAGACCCAGUUCUAUGUCUCUGUUUUGCCACUUUAUAGGUGGUUGGCACUCAACAAGGUAGGUCAUAGUUUAGUUUUGAUAAUAAAGUGGGAUAACAUACGUAAACUGCUCUGUGGGUGUAAAACACGAUAUAAUGUCAGCUUUAGUAUUUGUUAUUUUCCCUGUAGGAAUAGGCUGAGACUUGAGUAAGGUGAAAAGGCUUGGUCAUCUGGAGAGGUAUUAGAGGCCUCUGUGCCUUUUAAGUGAGUUCUCCUUCCCCAUGACCUAAAAUUGAACCAUCCCAGGCCCCCAAGAUCCUCAUCCUGAGGAACCUUGGGCCCUAUCCUGUUAUAUCAUCUUUUAUUUCCUGGGCCUUCUGAUGUGGAUCUCCUGGAUGCUUGUGCUUUUUAUUCAUCCUCCCAGAUAUUUUUGAUAAGCAUCUCCUGCAGAGACCUUGAUUUGGAGAAAGAUUUCCAGGGAUGGGUAGCCUGACACCAGUGGGGGAAAAGUGGGAUGGGGAAAAUGGAGAUGCAGUGCUCUUGCUAUGUCCCAUUGUCUGAACCCUGAGUAGUUUAUACUAAGCCUUGUACUUAGUACAAAUAAUGUUUAGUUAAAAUAAAAGUUUGGUUAUAACGAU